AUGAAUCUCCAAAACUUCAUGUGUGUAGCUAAUCGUCACCAAUUGGUCCUUGUCAUCGUCUUCACCAACUUAGUCUAUCAGGCUCUAUCGGAUGGUGUGCAAUACGAGGCCUGCGUGCCUCGGAACUGCGGAUAUGGUCCGAACAUCAGCUACCCUUUUUGGAUUUCUGGCUUGCAGGAGUCCUACUGUGGCUAUCCGAAUUUCGAGAUUAACUGCAAAGAGAUAUACCCGGUGCUGAAUUUCUCGGACGGUGAGUUCAUCGUCAAGGAUAUCUUCUAUGCGAACCAUUCGUUCCUCCUGGUUAAUGCCCUCGUGAACCAGGACUCCUGUGGUGCUCCGCCGCGUAAUAACAGCCUCGAAAGGACGCCUUUCAAUCUUAGUUCCGCAAAUGACGAUUUAUUCUUCUACUAUAAUUGCACCUCGAAGCCGACAGGUUUUACAUAUCCAGUGGACUGUGCUAGCGACUACACCCACUAUUCUUUUGCUCUUUUCCCCAAGACAGCAGCGCAAGAUUUGUAUUCCGCCGUCAGCUCCUGCGAUCCUCCAGUUAGUGUACCUGUUGAUGUUAAUGCAAAUAUCACUAGCUUGGCGUCUAUGAACUACAGUGAGAUUAUAAAGAUGGGGUUCCUUUUGAACUGGACUGCAAUUAAUUGCAGCAACUGCGAGGGAAGUGAGGGACGGUGUGGUUUCGAGAACAAUAAUUUCGUUUGCUUUUGCCAAGAUGGUCCUCAUUCUCAAACCUGCAAUGAUGAUAAGUGCAUAGCGGAGUCAAUUUUCUGUUUGCGCUUCUUGACUGAGGCUUCAUAUCUACUGUUUUGCAUGAUCUUUCAUUUGUACGUGCGGAGGGACAGUGUGGAUUAA